CUUUCACAGAGGUUUCAGCAUGAGAUCACUGCGGUCACAGCUGAUGCUGAUCAACACUUUCCCCAAACUCCCCAAAUUCUAGGAGAGCCCUUGUAAGGAGAAAGUGAAGAAAGCUCCGCCCGGUGCUCGGGGCUGCUGUACACCUGCAGGGCGGCGAGGCUGCAGGAGAGCAGAGACGGGAGUGGUGACGGUGAUGAGGACAGAGACAAAUCUGCAAGGUGGGAGUAAAAUGAUCCCCUGGCUGCUCCUGUCACAGAGUCGUUGUGAGGACCCGGAGGGAGACGUGAAAGCACUUGAGAGUUUGAGGAAGAAAGAAGGGUCCACAGCAUCCCUGGUUCGUGCUGGUCUCAGCCUGUGGACAGUGCAGGCGGCUGCCAGGCGCUCCAAGGAGCACAGCCUCAACGGCUCCCUGUCUGUGCGCAUGUCCAGCUGGGAGCUGGUUCUGCCGGAGGCCGCCACCAGCCAGGACGCCUGGAGAAGCAGCCAGAGCUGGGGUGUGAACAUGCUUCUCCGCCAGGUGGCCCUCAGAGCCCCCAGCACUGUUCAGCUGCCGUUGUCUGGCAAGAGCACCCCAGGUACCAUCAGGGUCACUGCCGACUCAGCUGUGCUGGGUUUCCUCCUGCAGGAUAAGCACGAGAAGGCAGGGAAUGGCACCAGUGCACGCAGUGUGACCGAUGUCCUCAGCCAGAACAGCAGCCAGGCCUUGCCGGGAGAGCUCAAGCUGAGAGGGCAGCUGUGGGCCCAGACAGGGAGCCUCGGGGGCCAGCGUCCAUGCCGAUGUGGCCAGCCUGGCUCUGGGUGGGGUCUGCACCUGGGGCCCCAGGCACGGCCAGCUCUCAGGCGGGCUGAGUCACAUCAGCACCUUGACUGCAGCAGGUGCUGAGGCCUCCCCUUCUACUGGGACAGCCAUGGACACUUCCAGUUGUGCUUCUCCCCAGAGCACAACACACAGUCUGGUCGCUGGGCUGGUGGUGAGCGUGGAUGGACGGCGAGCAGCUUCACAUUGCUCUACAGAGGAGGGGACAGGGCAGCUGCGAGGGGGUGGCCCUGGGGCUGCACCACAACUUCUCAGUU